UGCUCCGGAGCCAUUCAAGGAAACGAUCCCUGAGCUGAGAGGAAGGCCUCGGACCCCCGGACCUGCUGUCAGACUUACUAAAUUGCUGCCAUGCUGCAUUUAAGUAAGGGGGAUUUCGUUUGGGUGGACUCCGGCAGCGGAGUCCCUAUCGGGGCCGAGGUCACAGUCACCGACACCGGGCAGCUUCAGCUCCUCGACGAUGAAGGAAAGGAGCACAAGAUUAACAAGAAGACCCAGGGCAGCAUCCGCCCCAUGCACCCCAGCGCGGUGAAAGGCGUGGACGACAUGAUAAUGCUGGGCGACCUGAACGAGGCCGGGCUGCUCAGGAACCUGCUGGUCCGCCACAAAGAGGGCAUCAUCUACACGUACACAGGCUCCAUUCUGGUGGCAGUGAACCCAUACCAGCUGCUGCCAAUCUACACCACAGAGCAGGUGCACAUGUACACAGACAGGCGUCUGGGCGAGCUGCCCCCCCACGUGUUCGCCAUCGCAGACACCUGCUUUUUCAACAUGAGGCGCAACAAGAAGAACCAGUGCUGCGUCAUCAGCGGAGAGUCCGGAGCAGGGAAAACUGAGAGCACCAAGCUGAUGCUGCAGUUCUUGGCUGCGGUCAGCGGCCAGCACUCGUGGAUCGAGCAGCAGAUCCUGGAGGCCAACCCCAUUCUGGAAGCCUUCGGGAACGCCAAAACGGUUCGCAAUGACAACUCCAGCCGAUUCGGGAAGUACAUCGACAUAAGCUUCACCAAGGGCGGGGCCAUCGAGGGGGCACGGGUGGAGCAGUAUCUGCUGGAGAAGUCCAGAGUGUGUCGUCAGGCCCCCGAGGAAAGGAACUACCACAUCUUUUACUACAUGCUGAUGGGCAUGGCUCCAGACCAGAAGAAGAUUCUUUCCCUCGGAACAGCUGCAGAGUACAAAUACCUGACUAUGGGCAAAUGCACCAGCUGCGAAGGACGAGAUGAUGUGAAGGAGUACGCUCACUUCCGAUCGGCCCUGAAGAUCCUCACGUUCACCGAGGCCGACUCCUGGGAGAUCUCCAAGCUGCUGGCCGCCAUCCUCCACCUGGGCAAUGUGGAGUUUGAAAGCAUCAUAACGAGCAACCUGGAAGGCUGCAACGUCGCCAAAUCUUCCCACUUCAGCAUGGCCAGCCAGCUUUUGGAGGUGGAUUCUGCAGCGCUGGAGAAGUGUCUGACUGAGCGUGCCGUCACCACCGCCAGGGACACCGUCAACAAACCUCUGAACUCUGACCAGGCUCUGGACGGCAGGGACGCCUUUGUCAAGGCUAUAUAUGGCAAACUUUUCAUCUGGGUGGUGACAAAAAUUAAUGACGCCAUUUACAAGCCGCCCGAUGAUGAGGACACAGUUCGACAGUCGAUUGGCCUGCUGGACAUCUUUGGUUUUGAGAACUUCGACAACAACAGCUUCGAGCAGCUCUGCAUCAACUUCGCCAACGAGCAGCUGCAGCAGUUCUUCGUCAAGCACGUCUUCAAGCUGGAGCAGGAGGAGUACGCCCGCGAGGGCAUUGUCUGGCAGCACAUCGACUACCUGGACAACCAGCGCACUCUGGACACGCUGGCCAACAAGCCCAUGAACGUGUUGGCUCUUGUCGACGAGGAGAGCAACUUCCCGAAGGGCACAGAUGCCUCCAUGCUCCAGAAACUGAAUCAGUUUCACAACAAAGGCGAAGUCUACAUCCCUCCCAAAAACAACUUUGAGACCCAGUUUGGGAUACAGCACUUUGCAGGAGUGGUAUACUAUGACUCGAAAGGUUUUCUGGAGAAGAACCGUGACACUCUGAGUUCGGACCUGAUCCAGCUGGUGGAGACGUCAACCAACAAGCUCCUCAAACAGGCCUUCAACGCCGAUUUGACAUCCAACUCCACCGCAGUCAAGAGCGUCAACCCCAAGCUGAUCAUCAACACGCCCAAAAACAGCCUGCGGCAAGCCUCCGACGGCAAGAAGCGCGUUCCGACUCUGUCCGGCCAGUUCCGUCAGUCCCUGGAUUCCCUCAUGAAGACCCUGACCGUGUGUCAGCCUUACUUCAUCCGCUGCAUCAAACCCAAUGACUUCAAGAAGCCCAUGGUGAGCCGAGCCUGGACCCGGAGGGACCUCUGCGGCGGUAACCGACCCGUUCCCUUCACUGUUAGUAAAACAAAUCUGUUGUGUCAGCUGUUUGACAGAGAGCUGUGCAUACGGCAGCUGCGUUACUCCGGCAUGAUGGAGACCAUCAAGAUUCGGAAGGCCGGCUACCCGGUCCGGUACACCUUCAGCGAGUUCCUGGAUCGCUACCGUGUCCUUCUGAGGACCUCCGUCUGUGACCCCAAAACCGAAAGCCAGGAGACUUGCUGUGAGAGCAUCUGUAAGAGAGUCCUUGCUGGAGAAGGCGACUGGAAGACGGGCAAGACAAAGAUUUUCCUCAAGGAUUUCCAUGACACCACGCUGGAACUGGAGCGAAUAAAGGAGUUGAAUGUAAAAGCUCUUCUGAUCCAAAAAGUCCUGAGAGGAUACAAAUUCAGGAAAGAAUUUGUGAGGAAAAGGUCGGCUGCCCUCGUCAUUCAGAAACACUGGAGAGGCUACAAAGGCAGGAAGCUGUACAGAGUGGUGCAGCUGGGCUUCGCGAGGCUGCAGGCUAUCACCCGCUCCCGUCACAUCUACCUCAACUACAAGAGGCAGCGGGUCGCUGCGCUGGUCCUGCAGACGCAGGUCAGAGGUUACUUGGCCAGGAAGGAGUGGAAGCGCAAGAGAAAUGCAGUGAUCCUGCUGCAGGCGCACACCAGAGGCAUGCUGGCAAGAAGACGCAUCGGAAAGAUGAAGAGAGACAUGCACCUCUCUGCUAAAGAGAGGGAAGAAGAACAGCGAGCCAUUUUGGCCAAACAGAAGCACUUGGAAGAAGUGCUGAGGCAGAAGAGAGAGACGGAGGCCAGAGCGCAGGCUGCCAACAUGAGCGACCAGGAGAUGGUGGACGACAUCUUCGGCUUCCUGCCCAACAUGGUGGUCGGAGGGCAGGAGGGCCAGGCUCCCGUCGGAUUUGAGAACAUUGAAGGAAAACGGACCAUAAUCGAGGAGAUAGACAUCGACGAGAUUCCAGUGGAAGACGAGCUUCCCGAGGAGGACUACGAAGACCUGGAUCAGUACUCGUUCUCCAAAUUCGCCUCCAUUCACUUCCAGGGGGCGGCCACGCCCACACACAUCCGGCAGAGGCUUCAGCAGCCGCUGCUGUACCACGAGGACGAAGGAGAUGUUCUGGCUUCGCUGACGGUGUGGUGGAUCAUUCUGAGAUUUCUGGGAGAUCUUCCCGAGCCAAAGAGAAUGAGCAGGCUUCAGCAGGGGAGCGCCAUCCGGGAUCGCUAUGUUCCCCAGGACCUGCUCUCCAGGCAGGAUAGACGUCUGAGCCACAUGGUGGGCCUGGAUCAGAGAGUGUUGAGGAAAAACAAAGAGGCAGAACCCGCUGUCAUCGCAGAGGAGCCGGACCAGAAGAGAAAGGGAUCGAUCUUCACAGACCUCCUGUCAAAAAACAGGAAGCCCUCCACAGUGCCCACUGACACGGUUCCAAACCUGAGGUCGUACACCGCGCCUGAAGGCAGCCCGCGAACGAGAAAGGGAUCCACGUUCACCGACCUGCUGUCCAGAAACAAAAAAGUCCUUCCCGGUAAAGGAAGUGUGAACGUACGGCCGGUGUCGAACAUGAGAAAGCCCUCCAUCAUCAUGGAGGAGUCCGAUGACCUGACGGAGGUGUCCAAGCCCACCACACUGCAGACUGUGAGUGAGGACAGUGAUGCCAUGAUCGGAGAAGGGCCCACCCUGGACAGGCCCCUGUCGUCUCUUGAAAAAGUCCACUACAUCGUGGGAUACGGCAUCAUCAGGCCUGACCUGAGAGAUGAGAUUUACUGUCAGAUCUGCAAACAGCUUCAUGAAAACAACAACAGGAACAGCUACUUCCGUGGAUGGAUCCUGCUUUCCCUCUGCCUGGGCGUGUUUCCUCCCAGUGAGCGCUUUUUAAAAUACCUUCAAAGUUUUAUCCGUUUUGCUCCUGGAGGGUUUCCUUCCUACUUAGCCGAGAGGCUGCGGCGCACCAUGUCAAACGGAGCCAGAGGGGAGCCUCCAGCCUGGCUAGAGCUGCAGGCAACCAAGACAAAGAAGCCCAUGUUGGUGUCUGUUGCACUGCUGGAUGGACGAUCCAUUAACCUUCCUGUCGACUCGGCAACUACAUCCAAAGAAGUCUGCCAACUUGUGUCCAAUAAAAUCAAGCUAAAUGACACGUUUGGCUUCUCUCUCUACGUAGCCAUGUACGAAAAGGUGUGGGCCCUGGGGAGCGGCCGGGAGCAUGUGAUGGACGCCAUCUCCCAGUGUGAGCAGGAGGUGAAGAGGAGGGGCGGCCAGGAGCAGCACGCUCCGUGGCGUCUCAUCUUCCGAAAGGAGGUUUUCACUCCCUGGCACGACUGCAAGGAGGACAAGAUCAGCACUGACCUCAUCUACAGGCAGAUCAUCCACGGUCUGAAGUUUGGAGAGUACCAGACCGAAAAGGAGGACGACAUCAUCGAGAUCGCUGCCAAGCAUUUGUACAUCCAGCACGGCUCAGACAGUCGCCCAGAGAACGUGAAGGAGACGGUGAAGGACUGCAUCAAGAACUCUCUGCUGGAGGCAAAGUCAGAACCCAAACUGGUUCAGAUGAUCCACACCGCUCACGCUCAGAGCACCUUCCUGAGUUCUGGACAAAAAGCGGACCUGGUGAAGGCAGAGGUGGUCGACUACGCCAGAGAGAAGUGGCCCAUGUUCUUCUCCAGGUUCUUUGAGGUCACCAAGCAGUCGGGUCCCCCGUUGCCAAAGAGUAAAUUCAUUGUGGCCAUAAACUGGACCGGCAUCACGUUCCUGGACGAGAGGGAGAAGAGGCUGCUGCAGCUGUCCUUCCCAGAAGUGACGGGAGUCAACACCGUCAGGGAGGGUAAAACCUCGGGCCACGCUGUGUGUCUGCUGACGCUGAAAGGAGACUUCACCCUGAGCGGAUCUUUUGCUGAAGACAUGUCCGAGCUGAUCACCAUGUUCCUCAGCGGACUGACGGAGCGCUCCAAGUAUGCCGUGGCGCUGAGAGACGUCAGCAGCCAAGAUGACCCCACCAUCCUGAGCUUUAAAAGAGGAGAGCUGCUGAUUCUCAUCAAGGAUGAGGAAUUUUCCAAGCAGCGCGGCUGGAUCAAGGGUCAAAGCAGCAGCACCAAAAAGACCGGCGCGGUCUCCACGGAGACCAUCUUUAUCCUGCCGACACUCAGCAAACCCAGCAGCGAAGUCUUGAAUCUCCUCAACCUGUCGCCAAACCAGAGGAAGAACCUGGUGGAGGCGAACCGGAAAGACAUGGGCACCGUGGAGAGAGUAGCUCCCGCCUCGCUGAAGGACUUCUCCCUGCAGUACUUCAGACAGCCCACCAAGGAUUUGAACCGCCAGGUGAUUUCCAGGAACGCAGCGCCGGAGAAGCUGUGGGCUCACUCCAGAGAGCCCAUCAGACAGCCUCUCCUCAAGAACCUGGUGGGCAACCCGGAGCUCAGCCACAAAGCCUGCCUGGCCUUCACUGCCAUCCUGAAGUACAUGGGAGAUUACCCCACCAGGCAGAUGCAGAGCCCCCUGGAGCUCACUGACCAGAUCUUCGGCCCCCCCACUAAACACGAGGCACUGCGGGACGAGAUCUACUGCCAGAUCAUGAAGCAAAUGACCAGUAACAACAACAGGUUCAGCAUAGAGCAGGGCUGGCAGCUGCUGUGGCUGUGCUGCGGCCUGUUCCCGCCCAGCCAGGCCCUCCUGAGACACGCCCAGAAGUUUGUGGAGUCGCGGCGCAGAGAGCAGCUGUCCUCCGACUGUCUGCAGCGGCUGCAGAGCUCGCUCAGGAUUGAACCCAGGAAGCUCCCGCCCCACCAGGUGGAGGUGGACGCCAUCCAGCAGAACAGCACCCAGAUCUUCCACAAAAUCUACUUCCCCAACGACACAGACGAGAUCUUUGAGGUGGCGACCAGCACCAGGAUCCGGGAUCUCAUCCAGAACAUUUCCAAGAAGCUCAAGCUGACUUCAGCCGACGGCUUCAGCAUCUUUGUGAAGACGCACGACAAGGUUCUCAGCUUGAACGACGCAGACUACUUCUUCGACAGUCUGAGACAAAUCACCGACUGGUCGAAACAAGCCAAGAGGAUUAAAGACGGUGGACCGGUCAACAUUUCCUACCACGUGUUCUUCAUGAGGAAGUUGUGGUUCAACGUAAUCCCUGGCAGAGACACCGAGGCUGACCUCAUCUUCCAUUUCCCUCAGGAGCUGCCAAAGUACCUGAGAGGCUACCAUGUUUGCACCAAGGAGGAAAUGGUCAACAUUGCUGCGCUGCUUUUCAGGAUAAAGGUCAACGGUGACAAAAGCCAGAUCCCCACGAUUCCCAAGGUGUUGAAGGAGCUGGUUCCUGCCGACCAGCUGAAGGCCAUGUCUGAAAACGAGUGGAAAAAGAACAUCGCCGCCUUCUUUAACAAACAGGGCGGCAUGGCCGUCGAGGAAGCAAAAGUUGCCUUCCUGAAGGCGGUGUGUCGCUGGGCGACCUUCGGCUGCGCGUUCUUUGAAGUGAAGCAAACAUCAGAGCAAGAUUUUCCGGAUAUUGUGCGAAUUGCCAUCAGCAAAACCGGACUCACAAUACUGCACCCGAAAACUAAGGAGGUCCUGGCAAAUCACCCGUACAACAAAAUAGCUAAUUGGUGCAGCGGAAGCACCUACUUUCACAUGACCGUCGGCAGCUUAGUGAAGGGCAACAAAUUCCUCUGUGAAACGUCGCUGGGCUACAAGAUGGAUGACCUGAUAACCUCCUACGUCAGCAUGUACCUCAAAGAGAGAACCAGAGGCCAGCGCUACAACAUGUAAACCUGUAAAGUCAGACCUGCAGCUUGCGGAUCCAUUAGCCAAGAUUUCAGUGUGGUUUGAUGGAAAAAGUCACAGAUUUAUUGCGUAAAAAUAGAAAUGUUUCUCAGUUUUGAUUUGAAUCAAGGUUCUUUUGCAUGUUUACUAGAAUGAAGCAUUAUUUUGAUCAGGAUUCUUCUUUUUUUUCUGUCCUUGAAUUAUUUAGGAUUAGACGUCGAGACUCAGUCUGAUAAUUACAAUCUGUACUAUGUGGACUGUAUGCAGUAAAAUGUUGCACUGAAUUUCAUCUGUAUUAUGUGAUUUGUAUUAGUACGGUAAUCUUGCUCUUCUUUCCCAAUUUACAAAUAAUUAUGCUGCGCUUGUUCCUGUCUGACUUAAAUCAGCAGCCAUGGAUACUUUGUCCAAACAAGAUCAAAACCAAGCGUUGAUCUAAACCUGCAGCGUUCAUUUAUGGAGAAUGACAAUGUUAUUCAAUUUUAUUUAAUGCGUUCAACUAAGAAAAAAAAUUACAUUGAGGAUUUAAUAAGGACAUUUACGUUGUAAAAGUUUAAAGAAUCAUCUUGAUAGUUUGCUUGUUGUGUUACCAUGACUAUAAUCUUUUUGUUUGAAUUGGAUUUGUUCACAAAUACGUCACAGCAAAUAACCAAUAAUCAGUGAUUAAUUUUAAACUCGGCUAAUAAACCUGAUCUCCCUCUGA